GUUUAGUACACGGCGUCGUUGACAAGAUGUGAGUGUUUACCACGAAAAGACGUCAUUAUGAUGUGUUGAUUUGAAGUGGUUCUGGUUGAAAACAUUUGAAGAUGUCGCAGUCACUUCUUUGCGUUGAAUGAUAUCCUUCUCGGCAGUUCAUCACAAUUUUACCAACCAUGCAUCGUGCAGGAAACAACGCCUACUGAAUGAUAAGCACAACAUGACAGGGCCACUCUUCGUGUCCUGCUGUCCAAACUAAACUUAAAGAUGAUGUAGAGCCAUAGCAGUAGCAUCAAACGACGACUAGAAUGGAGAUCUCAUCCAUCAGCCAGUGCGUUUUCUGUGGCUCGUACCAUCUCUUCGUGAUUGGUACAGUCGACCUAAGCAAGUCUGGCAAACACAAAGUCAGUAAGCUGAAGCGCGACCUCCAUGCUGCGGAAGAAGAGGCGAUCGAGCAGCUCUGUCUGGAAAGAGGGUUUCGAUUGGUUGACGGUACUAGAGUUGUAGAUGUGGAUAAUGGAGAAGGAACCAACAAACAAGACCAACAAACUGGCAACAGCCCUCCGAAACAGAUGCGGGUACCCGCUGCGAAGAGUAAAGCAAAAGGUGGCUCACCGAAUGGGGGAUGUGGGUCGAAGAAAGGUCACUGGCGAUUCUCAAUGUCACCAUGUGGGACGUGCACAGAGAUUUACUUAUGAAACGGAUAUUAUAACUGUUGAAAGGCGGUAUGAGAGUGCUCUACUACGCAUGUUCUGGCCAAAGAAAUAUGCAACAUCAUCUGAGUUAUAUAUCUUCGCAGAAAUAAAAAUGAUGGUAACCAGAAUAGAUAGAAGAUAAACUACAUUGCUUUCAUCUAAUUCCUUACGGCCAAAGUUUCGAGGCUCUCCAAACCGAGGCGUGGUAUUUACGCGAGUCAGCUAGGAUGACACCUCAAGUUCCUGUAAUGUUUGAGUUUUCUUCUAGAGACCUGCAAGCCAUUGGGGACUAUUUGCCAGCAGCCUACAAGCGUGUUGGGUCUAGGUGGCAAUUGCGAAAUGGCGUUGGGCCUGAGUCACUGGAACUUUUCAUUAUGAUAUUCAAAUUCUCUAUGAAUACCACGAUUUUUUUAAGUAGAAAACUUACAUGACUCUCGAAAAGGCAUUCAGUGGCGCUCGCGGAAGUUCGUUUUUUUUUCAAGUUCAAAAAAUCCAAGUCAAAGUUAUUAAUAUACAUAGAUAGAUCUUAGGAAAAUGUAGUAAAAAUUCUCCAGUCCCUUCAAACGGUAGUAUAGUUCUCCAGUCCCUUCUAAGCGCCUGCAUUCUAGGUAACCUUUUUUUUUUCUAACCGAAAAGGCAGUCAGUGGCGCUUACCGGCUGGGCAGUUCAAGGUGCUGUUGCCGGGCGGCGUAGUCUCGAGCGCACCAGCUCUGUCAGGGACGACAAAGGGCGGAGCAGGCAAGGGCCAUAGCAAGGGUUCUGAUCAUACCAGUAAUGUUGGAAAGUCUGGUGGAAACAAGAAGCCUGUUGGUGUCUCAGAUAUUCCAAUAGGGGAGAUGGCAGAGUUUUUACGUCUCUUUUGGGAGGAUGAUACAGGUCUCAACGAGAAAGAAGUUGUAGAGCUAGGAAGUGUGACAGAAGAUGGGGCACUUUAUGUCAACAAGCCGAUUCUGUCGUGUGUGGAGUACCGCGAUGCGCUUUUGAGGAAACUUGAUUCUGGCACAACAUGACUUUUGCGCUCGUUCACGUCCUAGCAUGAAAGAAGAAGAUCCUAUUGAAGUUUAGUUCUAGAGGGUGACGCAAGUAGAAAAAAUACUACGAAAAUGAUCAUCUGCCACAUAUGGAGACUGAUCUAACGCCAUACAUAAAGUAUGGAGCAGAAACACAAAGACUUUUGGUGACACUUUUUCGUCUGUAAGAGCAAUUGGCGUUGGAGACUUAUUUCUAUGUAUAAGUUAGGAAUAAAAAUUAUUAAAUGACGCAUAUUGGGGAACCAGUAUGCUGAGGAUUGGAAAUUUUCUUACUCCUGAUUGCCCGAGAAAACAUAGUACCUGGUGUCAUGAAUCGACUUGAU